AUGUUCCGCGAUGAGAAUGAAAAGGCGGCUCGACGAAGUGCAGAAGCAAAGGCUAAAACCGAGGCCCGUCGACGAUUGGAGGACAGUACUACUCUAGAAUCCAAUAUAUCCACCCCCGGCUCGCGAGCCGAGCGUUCGCCGUCUGGCGCAUUAGUCUGCAGGAGCAGGGGCCAGUUGAUCUUGAUUCCGAAAUUAACUGCCCCGCUGUCCACCCCAUUGGAGGACCAGGGGUUGAGGUUCUUUGUCAACAGAUUUGUGUCACGGAUGGCCACCAGACCAGAUGGCUCUCUAGAAGUAGGUAGAUUGCCGCCAUCUCCUCAUUUCGGAGCAAUUAAUAUCGAUCGGUCGAGUCGAGAUGCUGUCAUCUCGGUUGGUCUUGCUGCCUUGUCCAAUGUCAAUAAUGACAGAGCACUACGGAUAUUGUCUCGAGAGAAACAUGCCAUAGUCAUCAAAGCUGUGCGGAAAGUAGUGGAGAAUCCCUCUCAGGCCAAUCCUCACAAAGCUUUUCACUUGAUCGUAAUGCUAAGUCUAUACGAGAUGGUCAACUGUGCGCCAAACCAGCUCGACUCUUGGAUAGUGCAUCUGGAUGGUGCCGCGGCGUUACUAAAACAAUCCACCUUCCACCUAUCACUCAUGACCCUGAAUCACCGAGCCCACUUACAAUUUUACUUCGUUUCAAUUGUCAAGUAUUUCGCCAAAAGGGUUGUCACCCCGGAUCUACUGAACUGGUCUCCUGAUGUCAUACCCUAUGCGCCACCGGAUAUCUCACCAGGCGUCGAACUUGUUGACAUACUGAUAAGAUUCACAAAAUUUGAUGCACGUCUGCAUCACGAAAAUCCCGACGCCAAAGCAGCAGUUCGCUCGGCACUUUCGUUUGAAGAUGAACUUCGCGAGUGGGGAACUCACCUCCCAACAUACUGGUCCUUUACUGUGGAAGAAUCCAGUACAUUUGAGUACACCUUUUAUGGCCAGUAUCAUGUCUACAAAAAUAUGUGGGUUGCAAAAAUUCUCAAUCACUACCGCUGGGCACGACUGCUGGUCAACGAGACCAUCGUAUCCCUAAUCUCGAGAAUGGCACGACCAACAGCAAAUGAGGUGAUUCAACGGCAGCGGGCAUUGGACACAAUUGCUAGUAUGGCCAUCGAAAUAUGCACCGGGGCUGCAAGUCAGGAAGCUACCUUCGAGAAAGGAGUUACCGAAGAGUCCCGUAUACCACUGCUGAAUGGUACCUUCAUGCUGCUUUUCCCAUUAGGUGUUGCCGGAGGUGCGGCGGGGACCCCCGAUGAAGUCCAUGAAUGGGUUGUUGGAACGCUUGAGCGAAUAAGUUGCACGAUGGGGAUACGACGAGCUUUGGAAAUGAUACCACAAGUGAAGAAAUCAAACAGGAAAUGGAAACUAGAUCAGAAGCUGUGGAACAGCAGACAUGAAUAUAAUACAAGUUAG